AAUUAAGCCGCUAGGAAAAACAAGUUGCCGGUCGUUUGCUUAUUAUGUUAGUUCGUAUGUUUUUUAAGCAUUUGUUUAUCGUCAGGCUUCUGCUUCAAUUUUAAUUUUGAUCAAAAAAUCCAUAUAUUUGCAACUCGUGAGUUUGACAAUGAAUAAUUCCAGGCCCGUAGGUACUUUUGAACCUGUACACUGUUUAGUCAUAACAAACACAUUGUUAUUAAACAGCUAGUGUUUGCAAAUAAACAAGCUUUAAGAAACUGAAAUUAUGACGACUACCUAAUGUUACAUUUGAUAAAGUAAUCCAAGAGUUGGGCAAAUCAAAGUCUGGCACGAGUGGGUGGUGUAACACUAAGAGAUGCCAAGAAUACACCAACUCCAUGGCAAGGAAGAAAGAGAAAGGCAGAGCAAACGCAAAGAAGGGGGGUUCAACCACGGAUGUUGCCGUCCUUCUUAAGAAGUUCAUGAAAACAUAUGAAAAACAUUGCAUCCAGACCCAGAGCAGCGUCAGCACCACAAUCAAACAAAACCUGCUGCGGUGUAUUGAACAAGAUAAGAUCAUGACAAAGAUGGUGCUUUCCUGUCCCGAGUCUUGUGCUGAAGAUGCCCCUCCAGUUUGCCUUCGACCACUGCUCAUGACAAUCAGAGAUGAGAGAUACAUGUUAGGAAAGGAACUGUGCGCAUGGAACAUAACCCUGAACAAUCAAGACAUUGCAAAUCUUUCAAUAGUUCUGGAACUGAGGGGUCGGUCUUCCUAUCCAUUCACCCAUCUGGAGCUACUGGGCUGUGAAAUUGAUGCUUGGUCUGUAGAGCGGCUAGGCAAAGCAAUCUGUUUCAGCUCACUGGCCGUGGUCAAUCUGGAUUACAAUGAAUUUGGAGAUGAGGGAGUUAAAGGUUUGUUAAAUGGUCUUGAGGGAAACAACCAAUUGGUCUCGUUAAGCCUAUGUUACUGUAAACUGGGGCCAUCGAGUGGAUCCUUGCUGGGUGCAUUUAUUACACAAAGUGCCAUAAGAGACUUGUAUGUUAAUGGAAAUGAGUUACAGUGUGAAGGGGCCUUAGAUUUAAUCAGGCAGAUAGCUGAAUAUGCAGAGAAUGAGGCAAUCAAGAAGCUUUCUGAACAGCAUCUGAAAGAACCUGACACUGAAGUUGCUAACCUUAAUAUGGAGUCUGAAAGAAUAAGCAUUGCUGGAUCAGGAUCGUCAAUCAAAAACAUGAAGAGAAAGAAAAAAGGGAAGAAGAAAAAGACAAAGCCUCCAGAAAUUGGUCCCUGGUUAGAAAAAUUACAUCUAGCUGACAAUGGAAUCGAUGGGAAUGGGGAGGAAGGGAGAACAAGCCCACUGACGUUUACAGCAAUGCUGUGUCGAAUAAUAAAGUUUUCAGAUCACUUGAUGGAGAUUGAUUUAGACGAUAACUGUACUGGAGAACUUUGUGGAAAGCUCAUUCUGGAGGCUUUGAAGGAGAGAAAAGAAGCUAAACUGACCGGUUUGAAAGUCAAAGUCACAGCCCAGAUAAGUGCAGAUACUUUCAGUGCUAUCUUAAAGAACAGCAAGAAGCUAAAAUCCAGAAAAAAGAGAAAGAAGAUAAAGAAAAAAAAGUAAAUGACUGGUGUCUGUGUGGUUAGCUGAGAAUGAAGAAAUACCAUUAGUGGUCUGAGAAGAUGCACACAUGUUUUACAUUUGUAUUAUUCAAAUACAAAGUUGGUAUCUUUGCAAUAUUACACUCAGACAUUGCAGUACUAGAAAGGAUUUGAGACACACCGUAUGAUUUAUUAAAAUAAUAUGUUCAUUCUUAGAUAAUUCUUAGUAUAGCUGUUAAUAUAAAUAAUUCUAAUUGCAGAUAAUGUGUGUUGUUUUUAAUGUAGGUAACUAAAAGGUUAAUAAGGUUCAACAAAUAAUUUAUAUUAUUGCAAUCCAUAGUAUCAGUCAUUUUAAAGUCAAAUUUUUUCAGUAGAGUAAAUACAAUUCAUUGUAUUAGCUUAUUAGUUUAUUAAUGUUAUUGUACUUGAAAUGGGGAAAUAAUUGUAGUCUGUGUAAUUAUGAAACAAAAAAAUAUAACUUUGUAUGCGUGUACAUUUCAAAAAUAUGGUAUCCUGAAGAAAUUUCACUUCAACCUUUGCAAACAUUUGUCAGUCCCAUAUUUCUUAAUUAAAGAGUUUUUUUUGUUUUUUUUUUCUGAAGACUGUGUGCCUGAUCUCUUUGUGUAACUUUAUUGUGUGACACAUGAGUGAUAUAAAACUUGCAACUUGAUUGCUCUGUAAAUCGAUUCCUCCUCCCAUGAGACAACACCACUACAAGAUAAAAGUAAGACACCUUGACAACAUUACAAGCCCAGGGAAAACCAAGGACCAAUUUGUUAUGAUAGGCAUUACCAAGAGCCAUAUAAAAAAUGUACGGUAAUCAUUCAAGAUGCUUUCCUGGUCAAAUAUUGUUGUUUUUUGGGUUUUUUUUUGCCCAAUUUGAAAUGUGCAAUUUGAAUGCAACCUUACUGCUGCAACCCACAUGCUGAUGAGGAAGACUGAAAAACAGUAAGCAACCUUUUUUGUUUCCGCUGUCAAACCAAUCCAAUCCUCUUUUCACCUACUGAACCAAAGCAACUUAUGCAUUAGGCUAGUGAUCCCUGACGUCAAGGGCCCAGCCUGGGAUGUCUCUGCCAAGUAUGGUGAAAGAAACUAGUCCCACCUGAUUGUCCUCCCAAACACAGCGGGAGAGCAAAGGCCAAUGCAACACUAAGUAAAAUGUU